AUGGUCGAAGGCUUGGCGCGCGUGUUUCUCGUCGACGGCGCCUCAAAAGCGGUCCGAUAUGAUAAUCAAACGACGGUAGAGCGGGUUACUCAAGUAGUUGCACGCGGGAUCGGAAUUUCUCAAGUUGCGGUCGCUCAUUUCGCACUACGCCUUGUCACUGGCCCAACACCAUCGACCGCAGGCACUGGAGAUUCAAUAUGGAUUCAUCCACAGGUGUUAGUAUCAAAAGUACCGCACAUCUACGCAAAACAUCUUCCAAUCGGUGUCUGCGAUGAUAUAAAAAUGGAAUUGCGAAUGCGUUUCAUGCCACAUUCCGUUUAUGAGCUUCAAGUUACCGAUAAUAUGGCUUUCGAAUUCCUUCAUUCACAGGUAGUAGACCAAUUUUUCACUCAAGUGGCUUGGAAAACCUCAACGGAUAUUGCCCUCGAAGUGGCCGCAUUGAAAGUGUGCCGCGAUUUUUUGGAGCAAGGACGAGGUCUCAAAACCAGCUCAAAGUCUCCAAGUCACCAUCUAGAAGAUGUUGACAUUGAAGCCUGCAUCCAAUCACUCAUUCCAAAUGUUUUACACAAUCCGGGUACAAAGCAUAGUCACUUGAAAAAGACAUUCAGCGGCUUUAUCAAAAAAUUUUCCCCUCUCUCACCAAAUGAUUCAAUCAUUCGAAGUCUCGCGCUACUUCUGGACGUUGUGAAAUUUGACGUGGAAGUUUUUAAAGCAUGUUUGGGAACUGGAUGGACGAAUCCAGUUGAAUUAGUUGUGGGACCUCAUACAGGACUCUCAUACAGAGUCAACGACAGAUGCGACAUAUCGCGAUUAUUGGAACUCCGUUGUGUUUCUGAGAUCACUAUUCGCAAAAUUGAGCCGAGCUCGGAAAAAACACUACUCCAACUCAAGUUAUCGGGUGGUGCUCAGCCAAUGAUGAUUACUUUAUCGACAGAGGAGCUCGCUCAGUCGCUUGCGCAUUUACUUGAUGGCUAUCAGAUGCUUUAUAAUCAAAGCGGAAGCGUUUUCAAGAUGCGCGGUGUGGAACGAAGUGAAACAUUAAACGAAACUCUAGUUCCGCCCAAAACACCAUUGAUCGAGAACGAUAUUCGAUUGAAAAGGGAAUGUGUCACAUUGAAAGAGCUAAUUGGUGGCGGGCAGUUCGGAAAUGUUUAUAAAGCAAUCUACCAUGACGAGGAAACCGACGAACGGAUUCCUGUGGCUGUGAAGGUAUGCAAGAGCGAUGCCGAGCCCGCCGAUACCCAACUCAUUCUUCAAGAAUCAAGUCUUAUGCGCAAUUUUCGUCAUUCCCACAUUAUCUCUCUAAUCGGCGUCUGUGCUGAACAACCGAUGUGGCUUGUUCUCGAGCUCGCGCCGUAUGGCGAGCUGCGCGAAUACCUUCAACAAGAAAAAGAUUGGCUUCCUCUACGAAAAUUGAUACUCUACUCGUCACAAAUUGCCGAUGCAUUGGUGUAUCUUCACUCAACGCGUUAUGUUCAUAGGGAUAUUGCUGCUCGAAAUGUUCUUGUUUGCUCACCAGAAUGCGUGAAACUUGCCGAUUUCGGCCUCUCAAGAGCAUUGGACUACGAUGCGGUAUACACGGCUUCUCGCGGAAAACUUCCCAUAAAAUGGCUAGCACCGGAAUCGGUCAAUUAUCGCCAGUUUAGCAUGGCUUCAGAUGUAUGGAUGUUUGGGGUAUGCAUGUGGGAGAUUCUUUCGUUAGGCGUAAAACCUUGGGCAGGUGUUGCGAAUUGCGAUGUGAUUACUCAUAUUGAGCAUGGCUCUCGACUGCAAUGCCCUGAUAAAUGCCCGCUGGCUCUUUACGAAUAUAUGAGAAAUCGAAUAUGGUCUAUCGAGCCCCAAAAACGACCUUCGAUUGACCAAGUUCGUGCUAUUCUUGAAAAUCUGCGAAAUCAAAUCGCUGACCAUGUUCCAUUCGAGGAGCUCACAAUUGGAAAACCAUUGAAUCCUGCCGGUGUGAUUGUCGCUGAAAUGUCGUGCUUACCAACACUGACACUUUAUCGAGCUAUGGAAGAACAAAAGCGUCAAGCCGCCGAAGAUGAUCGAUGGCUCGAAGAGGAAGAAGACGACUAUCCUGAAAUGCCAACCGAGGAAGUUCCAUCCACUUCAAAUUCGUCAAGCGAGAACAUUCGUACGUCAAACUCGCACAUUUACAGCUCAAGAUCGUCGAGAGGAAGCUUAGAGGACAAAGACCUAACGCGCGCAGUUGAUGGCGUGUGCGGAGCUGUCUCCCGCCUUCAAAACACUUUUAACAAUCUUACACAAGACGAUGAAUUUCAGCAGCUAGUCAAACAGGUUACCGUUCAAUUGCGUGAAAUGCUCACGUUGUCUUCGCGAUAUUUCGAUCGGAUUGCGACGUCGACCCAACGAGCAGAAAUUGAGAUGACGAAGACUCUCAUUGCAAAUGACACGAAACAGAUGCAUCGCGUUAUGACUAAAUUAAAUAACAAUACGGAUAAAGCGGCAUAUAAUACACUUCGACGAGAUGUAAUCAGAAUCUGCGGGGAGCUUGCUGUAAACUGCACCACACUUCAAGUACAGCUUACUUCUCCAUCGCUUGAAAGCGAAUUUUCCACCAUUUUAUCAAAUUGUUAG